GGCAAUAAAUAAACAAGCAUCCUUCCUUCACGAUGGGAAAAAAAAAAUCCCCAAACGAUGUCCCUUUCGGCAUUUCCCCCGUGCAUGGCCCUGCACUCGGACCCGCCAGUACAACGAUAGUGCCAGUGCCAGCUCCCCAGUCAAGCGUCACGCAGCCUUUGUCCCGCCUCCCAGCUCUCCAGACAGCUAUGUGGACGGUCGUCUUCAUUGCCUUGGUUCUUGGUUCUUGUAGAGCAGCGGGCCCGUUGGAACCGACUGUUGAUCUUGAGGGACGGAGCGAUGUCCAGGAAACUACCAACACCGAAGAACAGCGAUAUAAACACCUGUUGUAUCAGAUUCAUGGGACCGUACGGACGUUGCUUGACGAUCACCAGAAGCACAUCGACGAACGUAUCGAUUCUUUGACGCAGUUAGUGGGUGAGAACUGCAAUUCCGACGCCAAUGGCCAAACUAACGUAUCAGACAACUUUACAGAGUUAGAGCCUAAGAUAGAAGAAUUGACAAAUAUUUUCUUCGCAAGAUUAACAGCCACCGGAGAGAAAUUCGUCACAGAUAUUCAGUCAAAGUUGGCCAGCGUGACUUCUGAUACAGUGGGGCACAUAACGCUGCAGUUGUUAGCUGUGGCGGAUAAGCAGGACGUUGCGGUACUGAAUCACCAACUAGCGAACCUGGCGACCUCCCAGGCCCUUGGCGAACUGCAGCAGAGCCUUUCGUCCUUCGCCUCUACCGCGACAGAAGAGGUCAAGCAGGCGAUUGCCAGUUUGGGUUCCGAGUGGAACGUCAACAGUAAAAGUCUUGCUUCGAGCAGUCAAGUCCAAGAAAUUAAGGAGCAGCUCGUCACCGUUUCAUCUUGUAACCACAAGAACGACAUCGACCAAGUGUUAGCUCUAUUGGCAACAGCCGAGGAAGACAUUGACAGUCUGGCAGAUACUUUGAAGACUUCUGUGGCAGAGCAGAAAGCCGAGUGCCAGGGCGGGGCUGACCGCCAGGAGAGCGCGGCCGGCCUGGUGCAGCUACUGGAGAGCCUGCGGACCGCGGUGGACGGCAACGCCAACAGCAUCCGCAGCGUCGCCUCCACCGUGGGGAAGCUGGAGGGCGAGGUCGCGGCGCGUCUCGGGGCCCUCGAGGAGCUGGCCAGGAAAAUCAACAACAACACGCUGCUUCCUCCACCCACAACCACCACCACGACCACAACCCCGAGACCCACGACAACAACAACACCUGCGAAGCUCGUGUCGCCAUGUCUUAACAGCUACUUCUACGGAGCUGUCACAUUUGACGUGUGUGACUCCGCAGUUCGCUUCAAGAAGUGUCAAGAAAGCUUCAUGGCAUACCACUGCUGCAGAUCGUGCACAGACGCGGGUAGGAUUCCUGUCAUGGGUCCUCAUCGCUACGUGCAGGCUGCUAGAAGGGUGUCCACUCUGGAAGCGCUUAAAUAUUUUUAAGGAAAUAGCAAGUCGGUGUUUUUUUUUGUUUAAAGGGUAAGGUGGUUAGGAUGUAAAAGGUUAAGGUAGUUAGGUUUUCGAUAAAAAUAAAUGGAAGUAGCAAGUCAGUGUAUGUCAUUCAUACCGCUUUCUCCCUCUCUCUCAAAAGCGAAUGGGAUAUGUAGCACAUUUCUUGUUCGCUGGAGAGAUAAUGAAAACAAUGAAAAUAUGAAAAUAGAAAAUGUAAUUAUGAAAUGUAAGUUUAAAAGUUAAGGCAGUUAAGUUUUCGAGAAAAAAAAAACGGAGCAUGUAAAGUGGUUAGCUUUUACCAAACCAUCAAAAAGGGUCGAAGAUGCAUUGAUAUAUAUAUAUAUAUAUAUAUAUAUAUAUAUAUAUAUAUAUAUAUAUAUAUAUAUAUAUAUUCAUAUAUUUGUAUAAUAGCCAUUAUAUAUGCUUUUCUUAGUAAUUGUUUUCCAUUUCUAUUUUCUUUAUUUUAAUGGGCAUUUUGCUAUCUUCCAUUCCUUGGACAAAAUAAAGGACAAUAAAGUUUAAUGUCGUCUGCUUG